AUGGCUGAUACGGUACGUCGACAGUCCACGCGACUGCUCCAGCAGACGUCCACACCUGUCCCUACUGGCAUCAAGAAAGCCUCCAUUACGAGUAGUCGUGCACCGAAGACCGCGAAAGCAAGCGCUAUCACGCGCCCAGCCACCAAGAAACUCGCGCAGAAAGCUCCGAAAGGCGCCGCCACCAUAAGUCCCGUAACUCAAGAACAGCUGCUGUUGACAGACGCAUCUGCUUUCCGCGCUUGGCUUGACGACAACGAAAAUACCUCAGAUGGUGUCUGGCUUGUACUAGCCAAGAAGGGCACCACGUCUCCAACAAGCCUGACGCGGACCCAGGCUCUCGAUGAAGCCUUGUGUAGUGGCUGGAUCGACAGCCAAGGCAAAUCUCUCGACGCAUUUACAUCUAUACAGCGCUACACGCCACGACGCGCGAAGAGUCUGUGGUCGGCUAUCAACGUCGGGCACGUCGCUAGGCUGCGUGAGGAAGGACGGAUGAGAGAGCGCGGCGAGAGGGAGGUGACAAGGGCCAAGGAAGACGGACGAUGGGAGCGGGCCUACGCAGGACCAAGCAACAUGACUAUACCUGACGAAGUGGUGGCAGCAUUAAGGGGCAAGCCAGUAGCUAAGAAGCGACUGGACGGCAUGAAGAACAUGGAGAGAUACUCGGCGCUGUUACCGAUUGUGACAACACAUACUGAGGCAACGAGGAAAAGGAAGAUCGACAAGCUGGUCGAAGAACUUUCGAAAGAGAGAUGA